AUGAAGCCUGACCUACAACGCGCCAUUGUGCAGGCAACUUCCAGCCUGAAGAACCCCGCCUAUUUUUUACAAGACCCUACUCUUUAUACUUUCGACACCUACUUCCGAUCAUGUCCUGAUGGUACUUCACGCAAAGCAGCUGAAAACGGCUGGCGUCAGAAGCUCAUUCCCAAUUUAAGGAAGAGUGGCAACCUACUACUUACGGAGACAGGAUCUCGUCUUGAGAGAGCAUGGCAGGCCGAUCGUGGGCAGAGACAGGCCGACCAUCAUGACGAGCGCUCCCGGCACAAGCGAGCUGCAUUUCUACAAAGUGCUCUGGAUGACCAUCGCGCGGCCAUCAUUACUCACUCUACCCAAAAACUUCCCCGAGAUCUCCAGGAGCUGUUGCCAGUUCCUCCUGAGCCUGUCUCCCAACGGUCGCGUUCUACGUCACCCACGAGUCUAUCGUCAUCGACACCCAAAGGGUCACAAGUGGCAUCGCCGUCUUCAAUCCACACUCAGGCUCUCGCCACCUUUGACGAUGCCGCGGAGUACUUUGGUCAGGCCAAGGCACUUCAGGAUGUGGUUUUGGACACAUUGCAGGAGGGAGAUUUUGUACCUGCUCGAACCGAUGGCAUCCUGGAUUUUCAUAACGUGGACAAGAUCGCUCUCUUGUCUGGCAUCCUCCACCUCCAUGAUCAGCACCAUGCCCUCAAUAAGGCAGCCAUCGCUUCUAUUCGGAACAACAGCCUGGAAGUGGUGUACACCACAGAGGAUGAGGACAAGAGCAAAGCGAAGGCAGCUGCGACAAGAUGGAACCAGUGGGUGAUGACUUUUCGAUCUCUUGUCUCCGAAGAGAAGCAGCUGGCACAGAAGGAGGGUCGCGAUCCACGGCCAGUCCCCACUAACAGCCUUGUGAAGGACAUCCUCUCCUCAUAUGACCUGUGUGAACAGGAGGGGAUCUUGCCGGUUUUCUUUGCAGGAGUGAAUACGUUCCGAAAGUUUAACAACUGGAAGAUCCCUCAGUCAGAGAUGAGCUGGACCACAUCAGUGGUUGUCCCGAUUCUCGAGGAGUUCAUGUUUGCGCAGCAUGAGGUCAUGUUCACCUGCACAUCGGCUGGCAAGAUAUGCAAGGCCCGAGGUAGCCUAAAGGAGCAACCAUCCCAACCAGAUGUUAUUGGAUUGGUCGAUGAAGGAGAGACAGAAGUCUACUUUGGAGAGAUCAAGGUUGCAAAGGCCAGUCUUGAGGAGCAGCACGUAGAUCGUCUUCGACUGGCCAUCUUUUCCAAGGAUGUUCUGGAUCUGUUUGAACGGACUUUGGAAAACACUCCUCCUGUUGUGUCCUUUCAGGUGGUGGGACGGCAGGUCCAUGCCAGUGACUCUGGCUGA